AUGAAUGCUGGUUUUGAUGCUUACGGUUUUGAUGCUGAAUUAUAUGAAAUAUCAAGUAGUUCAAGUUCAAAGAAGUCAAAAGGCGAGGAUAAACAACCCAAUCUUCGUGAAUUCUUGUUUAAGAGAAUGACAUCCCAAGGAUCAUUUAACGAAACCAUUGACUCACCUCCUUCUCCUUUAAGUUCCCCUCCAACUCAAGAUGUUAAUAUGGAAGUAGGUGGUUCAAGUGCUUGUGAUGAACCAUUGGAUGAUGAUUGUGAUGAACCAUUGGAUGAUGAUUGGGUGUAUGAUGUUGAACUUCUUCCUCAUGACCCGGGAUUGAGAAAAAACAUAAUGGAUUAUCCCCCAAAUGAAAGAAAUCCGGUUAGAAGAGCUUAUAUUCUUAAAAAACCUUGCCAACCAAAAACACAUGUUUUCCCUCAAAAACAAGUAGGUGGUUUAUGCCGUUUUAGUGUCAAUUGGUUCAAAAAAUGGGAUUGGCUUGAAUAUAGUGUUGAAAAAGAUGCCGCAUUUUGCUUUGCUUGUUAUUUGUUCAAGAGGGAUGUUGAAAUUUACAAUGGGGGUGAUGCAUUUGUUAAUGGAGGGUUUAAAUGCUGGAAUAAACCGGAUAGGUUUCAAAAGCAUGUUGGUGGAGUUAAAAGUGCAAAUAAUGUUGCUUAUGAGAAAUAUGUGAAUUUAAGAGAUGCAAAAAAGACAUCAAUUGAAGUUGUGUUUGAUAAUGAGAGUCAAGCUCAAAUGGAUUCAUAUCAUAUUCGUUUGAAUGCAUCCUUAACUUGUUUGAGAUUUCUUUUGGGCCAAGGUUUGGCAUUCCGGGGACAUGAUGGAAGUGAGGAGUUAAAUAGUAGGGGUAACUUUCUUGAGCUUUUGAAGUGGUUAGGGGAGAAGGUUGAUGAAGAGACUACCAAGCGCAUAAUAGAAGAGGUUGGAGAUGGUUACUUUUCUAUUUUGGCCGAUGAAUCUAGUGAUGUGUCUCAAAAAGAACAACUAGCUCUUGUUUUGCGGUUUGUUAAAAGAGAAAGUGGAUCGGUAGUGGAACGCUUUUUAGGCAUUGUACAUGUGGGUGACACUAUCGCUUUAUCUCUUAAAGAUGCAAUUUUGUCCUUGCUUAUGGAAUAUUCAUUGAGUCCAUCCAUGAUAAGAGGUCAAGGGUAUGAUGGGGCGAUUGGAGCUUCUUGUAAGAGAAGAGACAUGAUUCGAAAAAAGCAAGCUCAAGUAGUGGCUCAAGCAUUGGAAGUGGGGGAAAUUGAAAGUGGAUCGGGUUUAAAUCAAGAACGUGGUUUGAGUAGGCCAGGAGAUACACGUUGGGGAUCUCAUUACAAGUGUCUAAUAAAUAUCACGAACUUGUUUCCUUCAAUUAUUGAAGGAUUUUUGGAGUCAUUUGAUUUUGUUUUUGUGGCUCAUUUGAUGUUGAUUAUCUUUGGCUACACUAAUGAUUUAUGUAUUGCUUUACAAAGAAAGGAACAAGAUAUUGUUAAUGCCAUUAGACUUGUUAGUACUACAAAAAAUGUGUUGCAAAAGAUGAGAGAUGAAGGAUGGGAUAAUCUCUUAAAAAAAGUUAUUACAUUUUGUACUAAACACGAGAUUGAUGUUCCAUCUAUAGAUGCUCAUUAUGUGCCUCAAGGAAGAGGAAGACGUUUUGUUCAACAAGCUACAAAUCUACAUCAUUUUCGGGUUGGAAUCUUUUUGGAAGUAAUUGAUUUGCAUCUUCAAGAGCUUGAUAACCGUUUUAAUGAGAUUAACAUGGAGUUACUUACAUGCAUGGUCUCUCUAAGUCCUAAAGGUAACUUUUCAUCUUUUGAUAAAGAGAAGAUACUUAAACUUGCUUCUUUAUAUCCCAAGGAGUUUUCAUGUAAUGAUUUAACGGCUCUUGAUCUUCAACUAGAUGUGUUCUUGGAUACUAUGUUAAACGAUGAAAGAUUUCAUGAUUUGAAAGAUAUCAAUUCUCUUUCCAUGAUGCUUGUUGAAACAAAGAGACAUGAGACAUUUCCUCUUAUACAUUUGCUAAUCAAGUUGAUGUUGAUUCUUCCUGUUGCUACGGCAAGUGUAGAAAGAGUGUUUUCCGCAAUGACAUAUGUCAAAAGUAAGUUGAGAAAUAGCAUGGGUGAUCAACUUAUGAAUGAUUGUUUGGUUACUUUUAUUGAGAAGGAAGUGUUUCUACAAGUUUCCGAUGAAAUGAUUAUUGAUCGUUUUAAAAGUAUGAAGGCUCGAAGGAUGAAUUUGUAA